UGCAAAGUAAAUGCUUUAACGUCAAAUUCAAGUUCUAAUAUUGUGAAUCUGGUGUGCUUUUUCUCUUACAACAUAUCACCUACAUUUAUUGUAUAAAAAAAACGUUCCAGGCCAGUUUUCUUUUAUUUUCAAGAAUAAUGGACACUUAUGAGGAAUCCAAAGAAGAAAGUUGGGAUACCGAUACAGAAGAGUUCAAGGUAAAGGGCAGACUGUCGGACGAUGACAAGCCCAUUGAGAAACUAUCCUAUCUGAAUAAGCUGUUCGAUAAACUGGUCCUGACUGAGUGCAAAUCCAAUUCUGGAGACUCGGGCGUUGGGCAAAUUAAAACGGAGACCAUUGCUCCCGAGAGAGACUUUAUUCAGAAAUUCUUCGGACCACCCAAGGAUAUUUGCUGGGAAGAGGCCUCGAAGAAGGGCGAUCCGGUGGGACCCGAUUGUGAAAUCGACUAUGAAGCCAUCUUCAAGGAUUCGAGCAAGCUGGCAGCGGUGGAGAAGCGAAUCCAGCUGCUCUACAGACCCUUCAUAUGCGUUAUGAACUUUGGUUGCCGGUUCAACCUGUAUGAGCUGGCCAUCCUGAUGCCCGAUACCCGCUUCGAUCCGGGCAGCCAUCCCUCCGUGUCCGUGAGGCUGCACAAUACCUUUGCCCAGGUGAAGAUAUAUGCCGGUGGCAAAAUGGUGGCCACCGCCCUGUCUACUGAUGCUGCCCGAAAUGCCCUAUUCAAAGUAGUCCGGAUGGUGCAGGAGAUGGACUAUAAGGCGGACAUCCAGACCUUCAGCAAAAAUAUUGUGCAUGCUUCCUUCUGCUUGCCGUUCAAGCUCAAUGUGGAGCUGUUGUCGCAACUGCAUGCGGAACAUGUGACUAGAAACCCUAAGAGGCGACCCUUCGUCACAUACACCACCGAAAAUGAGGGCGUAAGAUUUGCUAUAUUCCCCACUGGCUUCGUCAUGGCCCUUUACUCCAGCUGUCACAACGAAACCCGUUCGGCCAUUGCUGCCUUGCUGCCGAUCUUGGCCAGGGUACAAAACGGAUAUCCCACGGCAGCGGAACUCCAGGAAUGGCAGGCCAGAGAUGUGAACUAUAAGUUGCUGUGGGAAAAGAAACUGGAGGACGACAGGGAAGGUCUGUUGCUCUAUUCGUGACUUGAGGCAACCUAGAUUUCUUCGUUUAAAUAGAUUAAACUAUCUAAAGAACGAAUGUCUCUCUUAUCUAUGUGCUAAUUACUAAAGAGAAACUCUACUUUUAA